AUGGUAGGUUUAUCUAAAGUUCUAUAAAUGAUUGAUCAUAAAUUUAGUAAACUUAGAGAAUUUAAGGAAACUUUAAUUUCAACCAAUAUAUAAAAUAUUGAAAUGAUAUCAAGAAAUUUAUUUGAAAUCAAAUCAAAUAUUACUUAAACUAUUGAUUAAUUGAUUGGUAAUUCUGAAGAAUGGAUCAAAUUUCUUAAUUAAUUAGGAUAACAAACUUAAACUUUAAAUUUUUUUUAAAGAAUUAGAAUUACUUAUUUAAAAUUAAUAAACAGAUAUUUUAAAUCAACAAAUACUUAAAGAAAUUUAAGAAAUUAAUCUAUCUUGGAUUACUAAAAUUACUUAUAAGAUUUAAUAGCUAAACUACAAUCCUAAAUCUUUAGUAAAAGAACUUAGAUAAUAAUUACUAACUCUUGUAAAUAACUAUAAAAAAAAGUAAACCUAAUAAAAUUAAUAAUUAAAAGUUGAUUCAAUUAAUCUUAAAUUAAUAAACAAUACUUAUUAUUAGUCUGAUGAUUGCUUUGCUAUUUCAUUUAAUAAUAUUGGAUCUCUUAUGAUUUCUGGAUGUGGGAAAUAUAUAAAAUUAUGGGAUUUUUUAAAUGGGAAUAUAAAGGAAGUUUUAAAAUUGAAAGGACAUGAUGAUAAAAUAAGAUGUCUUUCUUUCACUCAUUCUAUUAAUAGUUUCAUUUCGGGUUCUGGAGAUUGCUCAAUUAGAUGUUGGAAGCAAAUCACUUUUAAAUAAUGGAAAUCUUCGAUCAUACUGAUUAAAUUGAAUGUAUACUCUUAAGCAAAGAUGACAGUUAAUUGA